AACCCUUCUCACCCCAACAACCCCCCCUUCCACCCAAACUUACAAACUUACAAGCUACUUUCUUCUUCCCCCCCGGGCACCAAAGCAACAAAUUUUUCACAAUGACUACAGCUCAUAGGUGCGGUUCUUUUAUUGUUUUUCUCAGGAGUGGAUGAUCGGAGGAGGAGUGGGAAUAAGGAACAUUUAUUAAUGUUUGUUAUCGCAGACCAACCUUCGAUCCUGCUCGCGGGAAAGAAGCUCCCAAGGGACCGGCAUACCACCAGCGCCUCCUACCAGCGCAUACAAAGCUAAAGGUCCGGCAGCCCGGCCAGGGCGGUGACGCAGACACCGAAGUCCGAGAUCUUCGCGCAGAUCUCCUGAAGGCAGAGGCAGCACAUUUCGCUAAGAAGGGGAAGGGAAUUCCUCCGCCAGAAGCAAGCGAAGCUGAGUCCCCUGAGAGGGUAGAGGGCAGUGGGCAGAAGAGAGCUAUUGAGGAUUCUAGGGACAGUGAUGAUGAUGUUGGAGGUGAACCAGAGCAAGAGAGUCUGGAAGCGAAGAGACAAAAAAUCCUAGAGGAGACGAGAGACAUUGAUGCAGAUUCGGAUGGAGGGAGUGAUAGCGAUAGUAGUGAAGAAGACAGGUUUGGUUCUACCGCUCAUUUCUUAUGGGGUUGUGCUGAGCCUGUGGGGUUCUAGUGACGAUGAAGACGAAGAAGACGAGACUGCCGAAUUGCUACGGGAAUUGGAGAAAAUCAAGAAGGAGAGGGCUGAGCAGCGUGAGCGUGAGGUAUGCUGCUGCUGUAGUGAUCAACAGCUAAUCUUCUCUUAUGGAAGCCUUUAACUCAUAUCUUACCGUAGGAACGCGAACGAGCUGCUGAAGAGCAAGAGAAGAAAGAAUUCGAUAUUGCUCGUGGGAAUCCACUUCUCAAUCCUUCGGCUACAGACUUCAAGCUAAAGCGAAGGUUUGUUGGACCUGAGUUUUUUUCCCUAUUUUCUCUUUUUUUAAUUGAUUAAUUAACUCUUUCUUUUUUUUCAUUUUCACGGGCGCUAAAUAUAAAUUAAUAGGUGGGAUGACGAUGUCAUCUUCAAAAACCAAGCCCGCGGCACAGACGACAAGAAUAAGAGGAAGGAAUUUGUUAAUGUAUGCUCCAAUAUAUUGAGAGAUGUGUUGUUCUCCACUUUAUGCUAAUACCGGCCGCACGUAUAGGACCUUUUACGAUCGGACUUCCAUAAGCGGUUCAUGGUAUGUAUUCCAUUCGCCUGUAUACCCAUUAUCUUGACAACAGCCGGCCGGGGUCACUAACUAACUGUGUAUGUCUUGCAGAACAAAUAUGUGCGAUAAAUGGGGGCAACUUGCUGUGCUGGUAUCCCUUUACCGCAUUUCUUGAUUUCUUGAUUUUUAAAUACCUUUUCUCCUAGCUUCAUAAUAAUACCCCCCUGACUGACCAAAGGGAAAUGUCGUUGCUUUUUGAUGAUGCAGACUUGUAGCUUCCGCUCUCAGUUGUAGUUUAUAGCCCUGAGAAUAAUCUGCUUUAUGAUAGCGGCGCCGGUCCUUGGAUGGUGGGCCACCUACGUGUUCUUUAUACUGCCAGUGCCGUGCUGUACAUUAUCAUACAAUUAGCACAGCUGAGGAGCCCAUGGUCUUUGGCCGUUAAGUGUUGAGGCUAUGAUGGGCAAAGAGAACCGAAGCUCCACACUUGUACAAGUACAGUACUGCGGGUAGUAUUGUACACAAGAUCCUCUACGAGUAUCGUACCGUAGUACCAGUAUAACUAAACGGCCGCACCU